AGUUACGACUGGACUGCGAACUUGGGAGGUUCAAUUCAAUACGGAACACAGAAUGCAAUCAAUUGUUUAACGCGAAUUUAAAGUUACUGCACAAACUAAAUAAAAAUUGUAUAUAAAUCUUAGUAAAUAUGUGGCGCUGGUUUUGGUUGGGUUUUUUCUUGCUGCUACCGCUGGCAAAUACAACACCGCCAGUGAGCUUUGAGGCGAAUCCGGAUACGAAGCGCCUCUAUGAUGAUUUGUUGAGUAAUUAUAAUCGGUUGAUACGCCCGGUUGUCAAUAAUACGGAGACAUUGACCGUUUGGCUGGGCCUGAAAUUGUCACAGCUUAUUGAGGUCAAUUUGAAAAACCAGGUGAUGACCACCAAUUUGUGGGUCAAACAGCGCUGGUUUGAUUAUAAGCUGCGUUGGGAUCCAGAGGAAUACGGCGGGGUGGAGCAGCUAUAUGUGCCAUCCGAGCAUAUCUGGGUGCCGGACAUUGUGCUCUACAAUAACUGGGAUGGCAACUACGAGGUCACACUCAUGACGAAGGCCACUCUGAAAUACACCGGGGAGGUGUUUUGGGAACCGCCAGCGAUUUACAAGUCAUCCUGUGAAAUGAACGUUGAAUAUUUUCCAUACGAUGAGCAAAUUUGCUUUAUGAAAUUCGGUUCAUGGACCUACAAUGGCGCCCAAGUGGAUCUUAAACAUUUGGAUCAGGUGCCUGGCAGCAAUCUCGUGCAGGUGGGCAUCGAUUUAAGUGAAUUCUAUUUGUCUGUGGAAUGGGAUAUACUCGAGGUGCCGGCCACUAAAAACGAGGAAUACUACCCGGACACAUUGGAGCCGUUUUCAGAUAUUACAUUCAAGCUGACCAUGCGGCGCAAAACAUUGUUUUAUACGGUGAAUUUGAUUGUGCCCUGUGUGGCCCUGACUUUUCUAACGGUUUUGGUAUUUUACUUGCCUAGCGAUUCGGGCGAAAAGGUUACGUUAUGUAUUUCAAUACUCGUGUCGUUGACCGUGUUCUUCUUGCUAUUGGCCGAAAUUAUACCGCCCACGUCGUUGGCGGUGCCCCUGCUGGGCAAAUAUCUACUCUUUACCAUGAUACUCGUAUCGCUGUCCGUUUGGACAACGGUCUGUGUGCUCAACAUACACUUCAGGUCGCCCUCGACGCAUAACAUGUCGCCGCUAGUUCGCAAAUUGUUUUUGCACUUCAUGCCCAAACUGAUGAUGAUGCGACGCACUCAGUACACACUGCCGGACUACGAUGAUACCACACCCAGCAAUGGGUAUACCAACGAAAUUGAUGUGCGUGACAGCAUAAGCGAUUUUCCCAGCGAGUUUAAGGACAGUCAGGAUGGCACUUAUGAUAAUGGCAUGCAGCACUCAGUGGAUUCCGACAAUGUGAUACCGCGCAACUUAACACCCGAAGUGCUGCAGGCAUUGCGCGCGGUCAGAUUUAUUGCGCAGCAUAUCAAGGAUGCCGACAAGGAUAACGAGAUUGUCGAGGAUUGGAAAUUUGUGUCCAUGGUCCUGGAUCGCUUCUUCCUCUGGUUGUUUACACUCUCGUGUGUGUUCGGCACCUGCGCCAUCAUCUGCCAAUCACCUUCACUUUAUGACACCCGUUCCCCCGUCGACCGGCAGUACAGUGAGAUUCCUUUGCGUAAAAGCAAUUUCAUGCUGCCGCCGGACAUUGUCAGGCAGGUGGUUAAUUAAGUGCCAAAAGGUCUAAGAAACGUUCUAAAGUAAAAAAAAAAUGGAGGAAAAUUUGAGUCAAGGGUCACAUUCGGCCAAAAAAGUUAACAAUUACGAAGGGGAUUGCAGCAAAUUUAUUUGAAAUUGUAAAACGUGCCCUUCGCCACUUGCAAAUACGUCAUACUAUCAGCAAUAUUAUAAACCUAUUAUAAAUAAAGGAUUAUAUUAAUUAAAUGACAAUUGAAAAUGAUUGCAUACACAUAAUAUACAUAUAUGCAUAAUAAAUAUAAAUAAAUUGAUUUUGAAAUAAAGAAA